CCCAUAACCUCCUCGUACCCAAUAUCACAGGACGCGCAGUGCACGUUCUUAACUGUCCAGUUGCUAGCAGCCAUGUCCGGCCCUCCGACUUCGCGCCUCGAAUGGUUCGCCAGUUUGAAGAUCGACCAGGCUCCGCUCCCCACUGAGGAGACUAAGCACCUCCGCAAGACCGCCAUCAUCGCGACAAUAGGUCCGAAGGUGAACAGCGUCGAGAUGCUCGGCAAGCUCGUCCGUGCGGGUGUCAGCAUUGUCCGCAUGAAUUUCUCCCACGGCACGUAUGAGUACCACCAGAGCGUCAUCGACAACACCAGGAAGAUGGUGGCACAGACGCCGGACUGUCGCCCGAUUGCAAUUGCUUUGGACACGAAAGGACCUGAGAUUCGUACGGGCAACAUGAGGAAUGACACUGAUAUCAAAAUCCCUGCCGGCCACGAGUUUAUCAUCUCUGCUGACAGCAAGUACCGCAACAUCUGCGAUGACAAGGUUAUGUAUGUAGAUUAUGUAAACCUUUCUAAGGUCACCGCCCCGGGCAAGCUGAUCUAUGUCGAUGAUGGUAUCCUGUCGCUCUUGGUCAUCUCCAUUGACGGCAUCAAUGUUCGUGUUCGCUCCCUCAACAACGGUACCUUAUCAUCGCACAAGGGUGUCAACCUUCCCAACACAGAGGUCGAUCUCCCUGCGCUCUCCGAGAAGGACCAGGCGGACCUGCGCUUCGGUGUCAAGAACGGGGUGGACAUGAUCUUCGCUUCCUUCAUCCGACGUGCGCAGGAUGUACGCCACAUCCGUGAAGUUCUCGGCCCCGAUGGCGCAAACAUCAAGAUCAUCGUCAAAAUUGAGAACUUGCAGGGCGUCGAGAACUUUGACGAGAUCUUGCGGGAGACUGACGGUGUCAUGGUCGCGCGUGGUGAUCUUGGUAUCGAGAUCCCGCCGAGCCAGGUCUUCCUUGCGCAGAAGAUGAUGAUCGCGAAAUGCAACGUAGCCGGAAAGCCUGUCAUUGUUGCUACUCAGAUGUUGGAUUCCAUGAUGAACAAUCCCAGGCCAACUCGUGCUGAAGUCAGCGACGUGGCGAAUGCUGUCCUUGACGGCGCAGACUGUGUCAUGCUAUCCGGUGAGAGCGCGAAGGGUGCUUACCCCAUCGAGUCUGUGUUGAUGAUGGCUGAGUGCUGUCUCCUCGCGGAGGCCAUGAUUUGCUACCCUCCCUUGUACGACGAGAUCAGGUUGGCCACUCCUCGUCCGACAGACACUGUGGAGACUGUCGCUGUCGCCGCUGUUGGUGCUGCGCUUGAGCAAAAUGCAAGCGCCAUCAUUGUGCUAUCGACCAGCGGUAACACAGCGCGCCUCGUGUCGAAGUACCGUCCCAGUGCGCCUAUCAUUACUGUGACCCGGGACCAGCAGACCGCUCGCCAGAUCCACCUGAGCCGCGGCUGCUACUCGUUCUGGUAUUCUGAGCCCCGCGGGAUCGAGCCCCACCAAUGGCAGACAGACGUUGACAACCGCAUCCGCUUCGGGCUGCGCAACGCGCUGAAGAUGGGUCUCAUCAAGACCGGCACGACCAUUGUUGCUGUGCAGGGGUGGAGAGGCGGUCUGGGUCACACGAACACGGUUCGCAUCCUGUCCGUGCCCACCGACUCUGCCGACCUGGAGAUGCAGCCGCUCGGAUUGUGAGAAGUAAUGCAGUCGAA